GGAGAGGAUAAAGAGAAAGGAGAAAUAUCGAUGAGAGGGAGGGAGACUUUGACUUUGAGGGAGAGAGAGGCAAAGAGAGAAGGAACAGGGAAGAGAGGGAAGGAAAGGAAGAGAGAAAGUAAGAGGAGAGAAGGGGAGAGAGAAGGGACAUAGAGAAAAAGGAAAGAUACUGUGAAAGAGAGGCAGAGACGGAUUGAGAGAGAGAACGAGAGAGAGAGAGAGAGCGUGAGAGAGAGCGUGAGAGAGAGAGCGUGAGAGAGAGAGACAGAGAGAGAGAGAGAGAGAGAGUUCACUGGGUAUGCAGAACACAAGUAGUAUUUGAUGCGUCCGGCCUUUUUUUUUUUUCUGUGCGAAAGCUGGUUCUUGGAAUCAUGUGUCAUUUCUGCCUCCCGGAGCAGCUCAGCUGAGAGACUCUGCUAUCAGGAAGGAGCAGACACACACACUUAUACACACACACACACGCACACACACACACGCUUGCACGUGUAUGCACUCCAAGAGCACUGGAGAUGAGGAAAGGGACAAACAUAACUUCAGCCAGAAGCACAACGACUCUGGGAUAGGACUGCUUUCACCAGGGGCAGGGGGAUGUCGGUAAAGCUGCGGUUUGAGUAUCCGGCGGAGAGUGGUGUAGUUCACAGGAGUCGCUCCUUCACAGGAUUCAGCUCACUGAACAGCCACCGCAGGGUCUCCGCGGUGAGAAGCUCGCUACGGUCCAAAGGCACGGCCAGGAAGAUUCCCAGAAUUCCUCACUCCACAGGCAGGGUCAGCAGCACCAUGUGGGGACCGCAGCCAGAGCAGGUGGACAGAAUAUUCCAGGCCCUUCGCAAGGGGCUAAAGGAGUACCUGGAGGGCCAUCAGGCGGAGAUGGACUUCCUGUCUUCCCAGCAGAAGGACAGCAGAAGGAACUCCAGACUGGCUUUUCUAUAUGACCUAGAAAAGGAGAUCCGAGCUUUGGAGAGAUACAUGCGGAGGCUGGAGUUCCACGUCAGUAAGGUGGAGGAGCUGUAUGAAACCUACUGCAUCCAGUGGCGCCUGUGUCAGGGCGCAGCGAACAUGAAGAGGGCCUUCUCCCUGUCCCCCUCCUCCCGCGCGUCCAGGGACAGCCUGCUGGAGCUCACCCGUAACCACCGGCAUGGCCUGGAGGACAUGUGCAUCAUGGAGGGGGAGCUGGAGAUCCUCCUGGGAGAACUGCACAUCAAGAUGAAAGGGCUGAUAGGUUUUGCUCGUCUUUGCCCUGGGGAUCAGUAUGAGGUGUUGGUACGUCUGGGCAGACAGAGGUGGAAGAUGCGUGGAGAGAUCCAGACAGACGACCGGCAGUCAUGGGAUGAAGAGGAGAUGGUCUUCCUCCCCCACAUCCACGAGAACUUUGAAAUAAAGGUGACGGAGGUGAAGGGGCUGGGCUCCAUGCUGGUCGGCAUGGUUACCUGCGAGAGCGCCGACUUCUUCACCUCGCAGCCUCAGAUAAUGGUGGUGGACAUCACAGAGCUGGGGACCAUUAAACUGCAGCUGGAGGUCGUUUGGAACCCGUUCGACAGCUCGGAGAUGAGGCCCGUGACGAGCGCGUCCAGCAAGCUGUCCGUCCACAGCCGGAAGGGCUCGCUCUACAGCUGGACCCCGCCGAACACACCCAGCUUCACAGAGAAGUACUUCAUCUCCAUGGUGAAGCAGUUCCAGGACCCCGACAGCUCUUUCCCCCUGAUUCGGAAGGAGUCCCCGGGCGUGUCCCUCCUCAGCUACCUGUCCGACUCCACCCAGGCCUUCACCACCUCCUCCCUGUGCGGGGAGGAAGAGGAGGAGGAGGAGGAGGAGGAGGCCUCUCGUUCCCGUGACGACCCUGUGGAGACGGGCGACCGCUGGCCCGCCCACCCGGCCGUGGGGCCCCUAACCCCCGCGGAGAGCCAGGCCAGGUCCUCGCCCCUCCCCCCGCAGCGUUACAGCACCCCGGACAUCCUCAGGCAGAACGGGGCUGCGGCCGGGGGGGCGGAGCCGGGGGGGCAGGCCCCGCCCGGGGGCGGCGGCCUCAGGAGGGCCUCGGCCCGGAGGAUCGGCGCUCUGCUGGGGGACCUGCAGGGGGCGCUGCGGGAGGGGGAGCGGCCCGGGAGGGAGCUGCAGAGGCUGGAGAAGAGCAUCCUCAACUUCCACAGCAUCUUAAAAAAUGAUCUUUACCUGCAUAAGACCACCUCAACUGAGACCCUGGCCGUGGAGGAGGUCCUGGAGAGUUUUGACUUCCUGUCCACGGAUUUUAACGCGGAUGAGAUCUCCAGCCUGGGGAGCAUCCGGCUGAGAGACACGGGGAUUGGCUCCUUCCAGGAGAACACUUUGCGGAGCCUGGGGCAGCUGCCACAGGAGGGCCUGGUACCCGAGGACCCGGACGUGGCCCCCCUAACCACAGGGAAUUCCAGUCUGGAUCAGGCACUGGAAGUGCACCUGGAGAGCUGCAAAAUCCUGCUGCAGCAAAUGGAGGCCACAAACUCUGCUGUCGUGCAGAAGGAACUUCUGCGAGAGUUGUCACUACAAAUAGAGACUUUAGAGAGAAUCAGCAAGCUGUCCUUAGAGAAGAAGAUUGACAUUUACACAGCAGCAGAUCUUGUUCCAAAAGCACAGAGACAGAAGGGGCUGCUGGCCCUCUGGGAGGAGAGCGCCAGCGGAGACUCCAACUUCUGCUGCUCAGCGGAAACGUUUGUGAAGACGCUGAGGAAGCGCUUCAUCCACAGAGUCAAAGCCAAGCAGCCGGGACAGGCAGAUGCAGUGUUCACUCAGCUCCUGAAGCAGAUCCAGGCCAGCUGCAGGAUGGUCCCCGCGCCCUCCCAAAACACCCAGCACGUGACCGCAUUCCAGCUCUUCAAUUACCUGAGCAGAUGGGGCCUGUCCGACUUUGGGGAGCACAUCUCUCAUCUCGCUAAAGAAGUCUACCUGCUGGGGGUGCUGGAGAGCCCGGAGAGGAGGAGGGCCCUGAAGCGGCUGAAAGGGAGGCGUGUGGCGGAGCUGCAGCCCCUGGGGAGCACACUGCACCUCCUGGCCGGCCUCCAGACCGACCAGAACCACAAGGUGGCCCGAGCCGCCAGCUCCUGCCUCGCCCGAGCCUCCGGCUGCAAGGCCUUCAGGGCCAAGGCUAUAGUGUAUUACACAGAGGUUCUGAGGAGCAGAAGCACACAGCAGCAGCUAGCAGCCUGUCUGGCGCUCAAGUGUUUGAGGGCUGCGGAGAGUGUGGAGCAGGUGGCCGAGCUGUGGCAGUCUGCGGACGAGGAUCUGCGCAGCGCAGCCAGGGAGACGGUGCUGUCCUUCGGUAAAAAAGGGUACCUUGCCUUCCAGAGAAUGGACCAGAUUCACUGUGAGCUACAAGAGGAGGCCUACAGGAACCUGGACACUGAAAUCACCAUUUUAUGAAGGAAUCACGAACCUCCCCACCUGCAAAACUUCCUUCUUCUCGCACUGGAGCUCCAGGGCAGCAGAGCUUUUACAGAAAGGGCAAAGGUUAAAGGUCAUCGUGUCAAGCACAAUGGCAAGAAAUCCAACAUGACUGGAACUUCCUGCUGCUCAAGACUUAUUGAGCGCCAAGAUUUAUAAAGCCAAUGACUUUUCAAAACAAGUUUGAGUACGUAUAUAUGAUUAUCAGGUUCUAAGUGAUGUAAAACAUUUUUCAUGUAUUUAUAAAUAAUGCUUAGUAUAUUUCAUUGAUAUGCACUUCAGUAUUGCUUUCAUAUACAAAAAUAUAUAUAAGAAGUCAGUAUGAUGAUGUAUAUAACUGUUUAGAGGAUGGGAUUAUAACUCUUAAAUAUUGUUUCAGUAAUACAACUGCAGCGAUCUCAGGAUGUGUGUGUACAAAGAUGAAAAUAUCAUCAAAGGGCACCUUUGGAAAGAAUGAAUGUGGAAAGAUAAGAAUGUGGUUGUACAUAAGCAUUUAGAGCCCCACACGAGUUGUAUAUGUGGUACCUCUAACCUCCCCUUGAGUUAAAAUUAAUAUCCAAAUGCUUAGCAUUACAAAGUGUUCAAACUCAAUGUCAAAUACCAACAUGGUCAGUAAGCCAAGUUAUAAGAAUGUUGACCAUUCAUAGAAUUUCAGAUAACAUUAGGUGCUUUUGAACCACAAAUUAAUAAAGCACAAAUGUGUUCA